AUGUUCUCAUCCCGCAAGUCUCUAAUUGGAAGGCCGCAACCACAGCCUACUUCUCCACUCACACCUGCUGCCGCAUCGCCAAGGCAAGUCGCCACUCGAGCAUACAGCCUUGCGUGCAAAAAACUUGACAGAGAUGAGCGAAAGAGCAAACAAAAUUACACCUUGAGAGAGCGAUUACUUCUCUACCGUACCAUGAGCCAUGCCGAUGAAGUGUUACAGAAGCGAACCAGACGAACCAUUCGAAGAGUCAUGGACGCCGAAGAAGACGAAGAAGCUUUUGGUCUUCAAACGCCUAGUCAGCCAACCGGAUUGCUUGGUACACCUGCCAAAUUGAUUUGGUCCAGCAUUGAUGACGAAGGUGUUGAUCCGGAUCAAAAACUUUCCGAAGAACGUCUCCAUGAAACGCCCGUCGUGCCGUAUCGUCAGCCCAUUAGAAAGCCCAUUGAACGUAUUAGAGUUCCUCGCCCUCCUCCACAGGAAAUUUCCUUCAAAGAGGAAGUUGUCCCCAUGUCUCAUAGGAUUCCCCGCGAUUGCAAUCAAGUCAAUCGUAACACUCUUGCGACGCAAUCAAAGCCUGCUGUAUUAGCGCAGUAA